AUGUCCGCACAGCCUCCACCGCCCCCGAAAUGGGUCCUGGACCUGAACACGCCACCAACCACCAAGCCAAAGACGAACAUUGCAGACCCGCCAGGCUACACGGCGUCCCUCACCCGCAGAGACCGAGCUGCUGCGUCGAAGCAGUCCGUGCGGAAGCAGCCGACACCAGAAGAGAUGGAUACGCUCAAGAUGAAAAAGGCAUGGGAGGUCGCCAUUGCCCCUGCUAAGCAGCUGCCCAUGAACGCCAUUGGGAUGUAUAUGACGGGCAACACGCUCCAGAUUUUCUCCAUAUUCAUGGUCUUCACCCUGUUCAAGACGCCUCUCAUUGCCGCGUUGAAUCUACAGAAGACAUUCGCCCCGUUUGAAACACCCGGAACCUCGUCCCGCCUCAUCAUGGUCAAACUUGUAUAUUUGCUCACGAACGCACUGAUGUUGGGCUUGGGCAUAUGGAAGGUAAAUGCCAUGGGCUUACUACCGACAACACGAUCAGAUUGGCUGGCAUGGGAAGCGGAGCGGACAUGGUCAGAGAGAGCCGUGCCCAGGGAAUGGUUGUGA